UGACACUUACGUCAAUCAAUUUAUAAUAGAGAGGCUGUUUGUGCAUAUUGCAUUAUUUAAUUGAAUUGAUUUUCUUAAAGCCAUGGCAGACGAGGCUGGUGGUGCGGAAGCUCCGCCUGCCGAAGGCCCGGAAACGAGUGAUGACAAAAAAAAAGCGGAAGACAUUGACUACACUGCGGAGAAAAUUGAAAGUUUAACACACAUUGCCCACCGCAAAGCUUCUUUGUUUCCGCAAUCACAGGCCGCUCAGGAACGGGUUGAAGUGGACCGAACCGCGCUUGAGGCUAUCCUUGACGUCGGGUCACGGCUGAAAAGCAUCCAGAAGAAAAGCAAAGUUUCUAUGAGCGCUUUGGCAUUAGGCCAAGAGUCUUAUAAAGAGAAGCAAGCUAAGGCAAAGGAGGCGCGUAACAAUCGCGUGGGAGGUCUGAAGACUCAGCACAGGUUUUUACUCGAGAUGGCAGGCGCAAUUUUGAAUAGAAAGUCAGAAUAUAUACUGGAAGGUGUCUACGAUGCGGAUAUACAUAUUGAUUUGUUGGACAGUGCAGUCGCUGAAGGAGGCCGCAACUGUAUAGUUCUCUGCGAUGCCUUGUUACCACCAGUAAAAAUGGAAUCCGGCCGAUUUGUGCCUAACCAAAAAGGCAGGAUGGAGCGAACUUAUAUUUCAGACGCUUCGUCUAUAGGCACUUGCGGACGAUGUAUCGCUAUGUAUAGGAUUAAAAACAAACUCAUUGACACUAAAAAUGUUGCCGACGAUUAUUAUUUGGUCUUCAUUGACAUGGACCAAGAGACGGAAAACGUAGUAUCCGGAAUAUACAAGAUGUUGAUGAACGCCUAUGUGCCCGCUCUAAAGGCGUGUAAGGCGUGGGGCGAUAUCAACCCCCCAAAUCCUAAGAGCGAUGAUAUAAUAAAAACGUACUUGUCUAAAAUUACCUUGUUCUUCGAUUAUUUAGCAAAGACAAAAGUCGACUUGGAUUGCUGCACGAGAUUUAAAGUGAAUGAGGUAUUAUAUGAGCAACAUCUGUCCGAUGAAGAGAAAAUGAAAAUAGCUAUUACAAAAACUUACGUCUUGGAAGAAAUUUGCACUUUCGUCAAACAGUGGAUGAGACAGAUUACUAUGGUUUUAGUACAAAGCCAGCAGCUAAGAAGAGAACCGUCCAACAUUGGUCCUUUGGCUGAACUGGACCAUUGGAGACGCCAACUCACUACGUUCACUUCAAUCAUAGAACACAUCAAAAGUGACUUAUGCCAGAUGUAUAUACAUACACUUAUCCGGGCUAAAUCAAAACUUAUAAAGAAAUGGAAAUUACUGGACAACCAAGUUACCGAUUAUUAUAAUGAAGCAUAUGAUAACGUUAAAUAUUUAUAUGCUUUGGAAAAGUAUUGCGAGCCGUUAUAUAGAUGUGAUCCACAUACUAUGGAACAAUAUAUACCUGGACUUAUAUACACCGUGCGCAUGGUAUAUGCUACCUCUCGUUAUUACAACACCACUAAACAAAUAUCAACAUUGCUGGUCAAAGUCACGAAUCAAAUCCUCAAUAUGUGCAUGGAGUAUUUGACCAAAAAUGGAAAAAAGACUAUUUGGAAUCAAGAUAAACUAAACUUUAUCAGUAAGGCAUUGUUUUGUCUGGGUUUAUACAGCUUUUACCGUGAAUGUUAUGAUGAGACACAAAAAGAAAUGCAAGAGGCAGCGGACGAAAAACCUUUCGGUUGCUCCGAAAUGUACAUAUUCGGAAAAUUCGAGACUUUCAGGAGAAGACUUAUUAAGAUUAUAGAUUUGUUCCAAACUUAUAUAACUUAUUAUAUAUUAAAUAAGACCACUUUAGAGGGCAUCGAAGAACAUGCGGCAUUGUUUAAUAAAUUCUUUAAAUCUAUAUCGACAAAAACCUAUGACGCACUGGAUCAUAGACGGCCUGACUUUGACAGGGAUUACAAGAUCUAUAAAGACGCUGUUGCUAAUCAAGAAGUGUUAUUAGAAAACUUUAUGAUAAAUAGCGUCAACAAAUGUCCCACGACUGAAAUAGCUUUGCAUUUGCUGAAACGCUUCGAGAAUCUCAAGUUAGGUUGUUUGUAUCUUGAAGAUCAAUACUAUGAUUUGAUAAGCAAGUUUACAGCCGAGAUUGAAUCAUUACGUGACAGGUAUAAUGAGGAGAGAGAGAACCCGGACGUACCUUGGAACAUGCCUCCCGUGUCCGGAAGAAUUAUGUGGAUAAGGUUCUACGAUAAAAAUAUUCAAGGUCCCAUGGCAGAGUUCAAGAAGCAAGAUGAGAUUAUAACGCAUAUGAACACGCAGAGAUGUAUAAAACUUUUUAAUGUCAUGUACAUAGUGUUUACUGAAUUCGAGUUAAUUUACCACAAAGCUUGGGCUGAAAAUGUUGGUCAGGUCAGACUGGGCCUGAUAGCGCCACUUCUCAUAAGGCACCCGACGACAAAUCUGUAUAUCGUUAAUUUCAAUAUUUUUAUUCCCGAAUGUAUCAGAGAGGUCGAAUAUAUGUGGCAAUUAGGACUAAGUGUACCAGAUUCAGCGCAGGUCGUCGCAUAUUGUAAAGAUCAAAUAUUAGCGAAUUUCGAAAAAAUUAAAUAUUUAGUGGACCGAAAUAACAAAAUUAGAAAGAGUAUGCCAAAACUAUAUCUGCCGCUGCUCCGAGCGCAGCUCGUGAAGUUGGAAAAAGCUUUCCAGCCCGGCCUCUCUACAAUUACUUGGACAUCCCUCGAGAUACCGGCGUACUGUAGUGCCAUUGAAAUCGUGCUUGAUGAAGUCGAUUUGUUUGUUAAAGAGGUGAUAGAUAUCAAAGAAGCUCGAAUUGAUGCUAUUUUGCAAUCCAUCGCCAAGACCUUAUUGGUAUUAUUGCCUGAACAAGCGGUUGAUCCAAAUGUGUUCUACGAAGAUAAUCUGACGAGACGUGAUGAUAUUGCGACGGAGUUGCAACACAAAUCAUGGAAUGCAGAAACAGCUGUGAUUGAACUUGUCAACAAAUUUCUGGACAGUGUUCCUAGCCAAGCAGUAAAAGAUCUAAAGAAUAAAUGGCUUGAUCCGGAUAAAGCCUUGAAACCAGUUACUUCAGCUACAAGAGUAUUUCCAGAAGACGCUGCUUUCUUGGAGGUAGAAAAUCCGGAUCGUUUUGAACCUCAGCACGCUAUAAAUGAAAGUAACGAACUCUUUGCAUAUUUUGCUACAAAGUGCUUUGAAGCACUUAUUAAAUGCACUCGGACGAGUCUUGAUUUGUUGAGACGCAGAGCUUCUGUCUCUAGCUUCUUAACGAUGACAACUGAUCCAGAAGAACAAAAGAAACUCAAACCACUAAUGAAGACAAUGAUGUAUUUACAAAUACCUCGUAUUUUAAUUACACCAACAUUAGAUGAGAUACAGUCUGCUUUCUCUCAAGUCGUGUUGAAUUGCAUCAUGGACACUCACAGAAACGUUUUUCAAUGGAGUCAACAAGAACUUAUACUGAAAGAAGGAGUCGGCUCGUCAACUGGAAAAUCAAGUUCAAUGCUAUCUAAAAGAGGAUCAAUGGUUGGUGGAGUCAAAACUUACUUCCGCAUGGUGUCCGAGCAUAAAGAUGUUGUUCGUGCCGUUAUGGCUUUACAGGGAAUGAUGUAUAUGUAUAAACCUGACAUUGAAAAGUUAUUGAAGGGUUACGGUAGAUAUUCUUACUUGUGGGCAGAGGAUAGAGUGCAGCAAGUUCAAGAAUUUGUCGAUUCUAACCCGUUGAACGUUAUUAUCAGAGACAUGUUGAAGCAGUACGAAGGACAAACGGAAGAAGUGAACAACUUACCAGAGAGGCAUAUUAUUGGAUCUAUACAAAUUAAUAUGGAUAAUGUCAAGUUGGGUUUACAUGUUGAAUCUAUUGAAUGGAAGAGGCUUUUGGGCAAACUGCUGAGUGUGGCCUAUAAGGAGCGCGUACUUAAAAUGAUGCAAUUCAUCAACGACCGAAUGAAGGCAAUGGGGAAGAAGAUCAAGGAUUUAGAUGACGUUCGUGUCGCGAUGCUGUGCCUCGAAAUGAUUCGAGAUGCAUUUAUUGACAUGGACAUGGAACUGGAUUUAAUCGAAGAAAGUUACGCGACAUUCCAUCAAUUUAACAUUGACAUUUCCAAAGAAGAUUCUGAUAUGGUUGACGGGCUGCGCUAUGCAUUUACUAAUAUGUUAGAGACUGCUGCUUCAGUACAACAAAGAAUAGUCGAUAUGCAAGGUCCAUUGCAGACGGAGUUGACCUCUGGCGUAUCGACUUUCAAUGAAGAGGUGCUCAAGUUUGACGCUGAUUACGACGCCUUUGGACCUAUGACUCCGGGAUUAACAGCUCGGGAAGCUAGUGACAGAGUCAUAUUGUUUCAAUCGAGAUUUGAUGAACUAUGGAGAAGAUUUGAAAUGUAUUCCAGUGGUGAAAAACUGUUUGGCAUGGAGGUUAGGGAUUACCCCAUCCUACACGAAAAGAAAAAACAGUUCAACUUACUUAAUAAGCUGUAUAGUUUAUAUUUGGCCGUGAUGAACUCCAUCGAUGGAUACUUUGAAACUCCGUGGAUAGCAAUUGAUAUCGAGGCCAUAAUUAAUCAAUUGGGAGAGUUCGACAAAAGGUGUCGUAUGCUGCCAAGAGCGAUGAAAGAUUGGCCUGCAUUUAUUGAAUUGAAAAAAAAGAUUGACGACUUCAACCAGACUUGUCCACUGCUAGAAUUAAUGGCUGACAAGUCCAUGAAAGAUCGCCAUUGGAAGAGACUGGAAAAACUAUUAGGUUGUAUUUUGGAUGUGGAAUCACCAACGUUUACAUUGGCGAACGUAAUGGAAGCACCAUUAUUGAAAUACAAAGAAGAUGUCGAGGAUAUCUGCAUAAGUUCAGUGAAAGAGAAGGACAUCGAAUCGAAGCUAAAACAAGUCAUAGUUGAUUGGGCUGUUGUUGAUUUAACAUUUGCACCUUUCAAGAAUCGUGGAGAUUUACUAAUAAAGGCUCAAGAUACCUUGGACAUUAUUACGAUGCUUGAAGACAGUUUGAUGGUAUUGAACUCCUUGGCGUCAAAUCGAUACAACGCUCCAUUUAAAAGAGAUAUUGUAUUAUGGAUCAAUAAACUGGUAAGCACCAGCGAAAUUCUCGAAAGGUGGCUGAUAGUACAGAACUUGUGGAUGUAUCUGGAGGCUGUGUUCGUGGGAGGCGACAUAGCUAAGCAACUGCCUGCAGAGGCUAAGCGAUUUGCGACAAUCGACAAGACAUACGUUAAGAUAAUGUACCGUGCUCGAGACAUUGUAAACUGCGUUGAGGUUUGCACAUCGGAUGACAGUCUAAAACAGCUACUGCCGCAUUUGCUGGAACAACUAGAGGCUUGUCAGAAGUCUCUUACCGGAUAUCUUGAAACAAAGAGACUUAUUUUCCCACGGUUUUUCUUCGUCUCAGAUCCAGUGCUGCUGGAGAUUCUUGGUCAGGCUUCAGAUCCUCAUUCAAUUCAGCCGCAUUUGCCCAGUAUUUUCGACGCACUCAACACGGUUGACUUCGAUGACAAGGAAAGGAUUGCCGUUAUGAAUUCUGAUAAUGGAGAAAAAAUACCGUUGGAAAGACCAGUUGUCUGCGCGGGUGGUGUCGAGAAUUGGUUGAAUGUCUUACUAGACACUAUGAAAGAUACCGUUCGAAAUGUGAUUGCAAAUAUUGCACAAACAAUGGCUGGAGAUCCAGAAUUUGAAUUUUUAGUAGGAUUUUGGACAUUCCCAGGGCAGGCGGGUCUCUUAGGCAUGCAAAUCCUAUGGACAAGUGACGCUGAAUAUGCACUUAAGAAAGCUAGAGCAGAUCGUUAUAUAAUGCGUAUUACCAACCAGAAAAACCUCGAUUUACUAAAUGGCUUAAUCGAUUAUACCGUUAAAGAUCUUCUUCCUUUGGAAAGAACUCAGAUAGAGACCAUGAUUACAAUCCACGUACAUCAGAGAGACAUCUUUGAUGAUCUUGUGAAGCUGAGGAUAAAAUCACCAGGAGACUUUGAAUGGCAAAAACAGGCUCGGUUCUACUACUUUGAGGAUACAGACGACUGUCUUGUGUGCAUCACAGAUGUCACCUUUUUGUACCAGAACGAGUAUUUGGGCAUCACCGAGCGGCUGGUAAUCACACCUCUAACGGAUCGAUGCUACAUAACACUAUCACAAGCUAUUGGAAUGAAUAUGGGUGGAGCUCCGGCCGGGCCUGCUGGUACUGGCAAGACUGAGACCACCAAGGACAUGGCUCGAACCCUAGGCAAACUGGUCAUCGUGUUUAACUGCUCGGAUCAGAUGGACUUUAGAGGUUUAGGUCGUAUUUAUAAAGGCUUGGCACAGUCCGGGACAUGGGGCUGCUUUGAUGAAUUCAAUCGUAUUGAAUUACCUGUGCUCUCUGUAGCAGCGCAGCAAAUUUACAUUUGCCUUACUGCAAGGAAAGAAAAGAAGGAAUUCUUUAUAUUCAGUGAUGGCGAUACAGUGAGCCUAAACCCAGAAUUUGCAUUUAUCAUCACGAUGAACCCUGGUUACGCCGGAAGACAGGAACUCCCUGAAAAUUUGAAGAUCCAGUUCCGUUCUGUAGCCAUGAUGGUGCCCGACAGACAGAUUAUCAUUCGUGUCAAAUUGGCUAGUUGCGGUUUCAAAGAAAACAUUUUACUAGCACGCAAAUUCUUCACAUUGUACAAGCUGUGCGAAGAACAGUUGUCCAAACAGGUACAUUAUGACUUCGGACUUCGCAAUAUUCUAUCCGUGUUGAGGACUAUGGGUGCUCAGAAACGUGCUAACCCCGACAGUACUGAAGAGAACAUUAUGAUGAGAGUAUUAAAGGAAAUGAAUGUGUCAAAACUAGUAGACGAGGAUGAACCACUGUUCGUAUCUUUGAUCGAGGAUCUGUUUCCGGGAAUGAAGCUAACUCAAACAGUGCAAAGAGAAAUGCAGCGUGCUAUAACUGUGGUGACCGAACGCACAGGCCUGGUGAAUCAUCCCGACUGGAACUUGAAGAUAAUUCAGUUGUACGAGACUUCCCUCGUGCGGCACGGUCUGAUGACCAUGGGCCCUACUGGGUCUGGCAAGACUACUUGUAUUCAUAGUUUAAUGGCAGCGUUAACUGUAAUUGGGAAACCGCAUAAAGAGAAUCGGAUGAAUCCAAAGGCUAUAACUGCUCCUCAAAUGUUCGGACGACUAGAUGUCGCGACUAACGAUUGGACAGACGGUAUUUUCUCUACUUUAUGGAGACGAGCGUUAAAAGUAAAGAAGUCUGAUACUACGUGGAUUGUCUUAGAUGGUCCUGUUGACGCUGUGUGGAUUGAAAAUUUAAACUCCGUAUUGGAUGAUAAUAAGACUCUAACUCUAGCUAAUGGUGAUCGUAUACCCAUGGCGUCUAAUAGCAAAUUGGUGUUUGAGCCAGACAACGUCGACAAUGCUUCGCCGGCCACAGUUAGCCGAAUGGGGAUGGUAUUCUUGUCGUCAUCUGUGUUAAAAUGGCAGCCCAUAUUAGAGGGUUGGCUAAAGAAAAGGACUCAAAAAGAAGCUGACUCUUUGCGUAAUGCGUUUAACAAGAUUUAUGAUGAAGUUCAUGCAUAUGUACAACAGAAGCUACCAGCCAAAAUGAAAUUACUUGAAGCCAUUUAUAUCCGGCAAUGUAUCGAUGUUCUUACUGGACUGCUUUCCAUUGAGAUUCCUAGUGGAAAAAGUCACACGGAUCGACAUUUGGAACGCCUCUUUAUCUUUUCCAUGAUGUGGUCGUUGGGGGCCGUAUUAGAACUGGACGCUCGCACAAAAAUGGCCGAGUUUUUCACUAAACUACCUGUUAAAAUGGACUAUCCGGGUGGCAAAGCGAAAGAAUGGGUUAUGCCAUUCGAGUACAUGGUCAAUCCAGCUGGACAAUGGCAACAUUGGUCCGAAAGCGUUGAAGAUUAUAUUUACCCGAGUGACAGCGUGCCUGAAUAUGCUUCAAUUUUAGUCCCUAACGUCGACAAUGUCUGUAUUACAUUCUUGAUCGAUACGAUUGCUAAACAGAAUAAGGCUGUAUUGCUGAUUGGUGAACAGGGAACUGCUAAGACAGUAAUGUUGAAGGGUUAUAUGUCAAAAUACGACAAUGAGGUCAAACUUUUCAAAAUGAUAAACUUUUCUUCUGCCACUACACCAAAUAUGUUUCAGAGGAUUGUAGAAUCUUAUGUGGAGAAGAGAGUAGGAAUGACGUACGGCCCUCCCGGUAACAGAGCCAUGACUGUCUUCGUAGAUGACAUCAACAUGCCCGUUGUCAACGAAUGGGGUGAUCAGGUCACCAAUGAAAUAGUACGUCAAAUGAUGGAGUGUGGUGGAUUCUAUUCAUUGGAAAAACCCGGAGAAUUCAUAAUUAUAGCCGAUAUACAAAUGUUCGGUGCAAUGAUUCAUCCAGGUGGCGGUCGAAAUGACGUCCCUCCUCGACUAAAGAGACAAUUUAACGUAUUCAAUUGUACAUUACCAAGCGAUGUAUCGAUGGAUAAGAUAUUCGAAACCAUCAGUGCUGGAUAUUUCUGCAAGACUCGCUUCGACAAGAAGCUUGUAGAAUUUAUGCCAAAGCUAGUGCCUGUAACGCGCGUAAUUUGGCAGCAGACAAAGGCCAAAAUGCUGCCAACUCCAGCAAAGUUCCAUUACGUGUUCAAUCUUCGUGAUUUGUCUCGAAUAUGGGAAGGCAUUCUUUUUAUCAAAAGAGAAGAGCUGCAAAGUAUUAAUACUGCUUUAAAACUCUGGUUCCACGAGUGUUUAAGAGUAAUUUCUGACAGAUUCACAACAUUCGACGAUAAAGACUGGUUUGUAGAGAACUUUUGGAAAACUGCAGCUAGGGAAAUGCCAGAAUAUAUAGCCGACUUUCCCGAAGGACAGACAUACUUUGUCAACUUCCUGCGGGAGCCUCUUGAUCCCACUGGGGAUGAAGAUGAAGAGUUCACUUUUGAAGCGCCCAAAAUUUACGAAGAAUUGCCGUCAUGGGAAUUUGUUCUUAUGAAGUUGGGAAGUUUCCAAGAUCUAUAUAACGAACAAGUUAGAGGAUCUUCUUUGGAUCUGGUGUUUUUCCUUGAUGCGAUGGUUCACUUAUUUAUAGUUUCGAGGAUCAUAAAUACACCAAGAGGUAACGCCCUUCUUGUGGGAGUUGGUGGUUCUGGCAAGCAAAGUUUGACAAAAUUGGCUUCUUUUAUUGCAAAUUUUGCAUUCUAUCAGAUAACUUUAACCAGAUCAUACAACGUGAGCAACUUUAUGGACGACAUUAAAUAUUUAUAUCGCGUCGCUGGUUUACAAGGAAAGGGCAUUUCCUUCAUAUUUACUGAUAAUGAUAUAAAGGACGAACAGUUCUUAGAGUUCCUUAAUAAUAUUCUGAGCUCAGGAGAAAUCGCCAAUCUGUUUGCUAAGGAUGAAAUGGACGAAAUGUUAAGCGAAUUGACUCCCAUCAUGAAAAAAUAUGCACCAAGAAGGAUUCCAGUGCCUGACGUGUUAUAUGAAUACUUCAUUAUGAGAUCUAGAGCUAAUCUACAUGUAGUGUUGUGCUUCUCUCCGGUGGGUGAGAAAUUUAGAAGCAGAGCGAUGAAGUUUCCUGGAUUGAUUUCUGGAUCAGUAAUGGAUUGGUUCCAAAAAUGGCCAAAACAAGCGCUUAUUGAAGUGGCUGACCAUUUCCUGAGAGAGUUCCAUGUCGUCUGUGCUCCAGAAACAAAAACUAUGCUGAUUGAGAUUAUGGGCAUGGUUCAAGAUGACGUGGCAGAGGCGUGCGUUAUGUACUAUGACAGAUUUAGGCGACAGGCACACGUUACUCCAAAGUCAUAUUUAUCCUUUUUGGAAGGCUACAAGGUGCUUUAUAAAGAGAAGCACGAAAAUAUCGCAGAAAUGGCCAGGAGAAUGACGACUGGUCUCGACAAACUGGUAGAAGCAGCUGCAAGCGUAGAUAUACUGAAGAAAGAAUUGGAACUUAAAGGUAUAGAGAUUGAAGAAGCUACCGCUAAAGCAGAGGAGGUGUUACAAGCCGUAGCAGUUUCACAAGCGGCAGCCGAAGUAGUGAAAGCAGAGGUGUUGGAAGUAAAAGAUCGCGCCGUGAAGCUCGUGGCAGUAAUAGCAGCAGAGACUGCCGUCGCGGAAGAAAAACUUGCAGCCGCACGACCCGCGCUCGAAGCUGCCGAGGCUGCAUUACUGACAAUUAAUGCUGGUGACAUUGCUACUGUAAGAAAACUGGGCAAACCACCGUUCCUCAUCACACUUAUUAUGGACGCCGUAAUUAUACUCUUCAGAAAGAAAAUUGAUCCUAUCAAGCCAGAUCCUGAGAAAAACUUUUUGACUGCUUCUUGGGGUGAAUCAUUGAAGGUCAUGGCUGAUUCAAGAUUUUUGAAUAACUUGAAAUUUUACCCUAAAGAUGAAAUCAAUGCUGAAAUGGUGGACUUGUUGCAACCAUAUUUCCAAUACCCUCAGUACACGUUUGAAGCGGCUAAAGUUGCUUGCGGUAACGUCGCUGGUUUAAUUUCGUGGACUAUUGCCAUGGCUCAGUUUUACUCUGUGAACAAAGACGUCUUACCCUUAAAAGCUAAUUUGGCUGUAAUGCAGGGGAAAUACCAAGCUGCAAAGAAAGAGCUCGAUACCGCAGAGGCUCUGUUAGCAGCAAAGGAGCGUGAGUUGGCUGGUGUCCAGCGGCAAUUCGAUGAGGCUAUGACAUUGAAGCAAGCCGUGUUGGACGACGCUGCCAAAUGCCAGGAGAAGAUGGAUGUGGCCACCUGUCUGAUCAAUGGGUUGAGCGGAGAGAGAGUCCGGUGGACUGAACAGUCCGCUCUGUUCAAGUCGGAAAUUGAGCGGCUCAUUGGGGAUAUAGUUCUCUUAUGCGGAUUUUUGUCGUACUCGGGUCCGUUCAAUCAAGAGUUCCGACAACUUUUAAUAAGGAAUUGGUUGAAUGAGUUGAUUAGAAGAAAAAUACCCGUCUCUAUUAAUUUAAAUAUUACGGAACAACUCACGGAUACUGCUACGAUUGGCGAAUGGAACUUAUACGGUCUGCCAACGGAUGAUUUAUCAAUUCAAAAUGGCAUAAUCGUCACAAAGGCCGCGCGCUUUCCUUUACUGAUUGAUCCGCAAACCCAGGGCAAGAUCUGGAUCAAAAAUAUGGAGAGAUACAACGAACUCAUUGUCACGACGCUUAAUCAUAAGUAUUUCAGGAACCACGUAGAAGAUUGCGUGUCACAGGGAAGACCAAUGUUGAUUGAAGAUGUUGCAGAAGAAUUGGAUCCAGCUUUAGAUAACAUUCUUGAAAAAAAUUACAUCAAAAUAGGUUCUACGUAUAAGGUAAAACUAGGAGAUAAGGAGAUAGACGUGACAGCUGGCCAUAAGAUAUACAUCACGACAAAACUUCCUAACCCUGCCUACACUCCUGAAGUUUCAGCGAGAACCUCCAUUAUAGAUUUCACUGUAACCAUGCAAGGUUUGGAGGAUCAGCUACUAGGUCGCGUGAUUUUAACUGAAAAGGCAGAAAUGGAAGCGGAACGUACGCAGUUGAUAAAGGACGUGACUGCGAAUAGGAGGAAAAUGCAAGAGUUAGAGGCAAACCUCUUGCACAAACUGACUACUAUUCAGGGAUCACUGGUUGAAGAUGUAUCGCUAAUUCAAGUGCUGAAUAUUACAAAGAGUACAGCUACUGAGGUAAAGGAAAAACUUGAUAUAGCAAGAGAGACUGAGAUAAAAAUAAACUUGGCAAGAGAAGAAUUCCGGCCAGUGGCAACCCGAGGUUCAGUCUUGUAUUUCCUUAUAUGCAACAUGUCUCUUGUUUGCAAUAUGUAUCAAACCUCGCUGGCUCAGUUUCUAGAACGAUUUGAUAUAUCCAUGGAGAGAUCGCAGCCCAGUCCUAUAACACAGAGAAGAAUUGGGUUUAUUAUUGAUUAUCUGACAUUUGACGUCUUCAAGUAUAUAUCCAGAGGGUUUUAUGAAACGCAUAAAUAUUUGUUUACGUUGCUGUUGACGCUCAAAAUAGACAUGCAAAGAGAAUAUGUAUCAUUUGUCGAAUUUCAGACACUCAUAAAAGGUGGCGCCGCUUUGGAUCUCAAUGCGUGUCCUCCGAAGCCAUUUAAGUGGAUAACGGACAUGUCAUGGUUGAAUUUAGUGUACCUCACUGGCCUGCGUCAAUUCACUAAUAUAUUAAACCAAAUCACGAACAACGAAAAAGGAUGGAAAAAUUGGUUCGAUAAAGAGGCACCAGAAGAAGAAACAUUGCCCGAUGGGUAUCACACUCUAGACGUUUUCCGAAAGCUGUUAGUGGUGCGGUCCUGGAGCCCCGACAGGACUCUCGCGCAAAGUUUAAAAUAUGUUGUAUCUUCAAUGGGUCAAAGAUAUUCAGAAGCUGUAAUUGUUAAUUACGAGAACAUGGUUCUGGAAUCCCGACCCCUGGUUCCAUUGAUUGGCUUCUUGGCCAUGGGUUCAGACCCCACGCCGAACAUUGAGGUAACAGCUAAACGAAUGGAGUGCGUCUGUUCCGCUAUAUCCAUGGGCCAAGGACAGGAAGUUCAUGCUAGGAAGUUAAUAGAACGCGCCUUAAAGGAGGGAAUGUGGGUUUUAUUACAAAACUGCCAUUUGGGCUUGGAAUACAUGGUAGAAGUUAUGGAGCAGUUUUCCGAGUUAGAAAAGGAACCGGAGAAGGUUAAUGAGAUUUUCAGAUUGUGGAUAACCACUGAAGUUCAUCCCAAAUUUCCGAUUACAUUAUUGCAAAUGUCUAUUAAAUACACUUGCGAACCUCCAUCAGGUAUCAAGGCCGGUCUUAUGAGAACAUAUGACUCCAUGAGCCAGGAUUUCCUCGACUACAGUGACAGCCCGUACUAUCUGCCCUUAAUCUACACCAUAUCGUUCUUACAUACCGUAGUGCAAGAGAGACGUAAAUUCGGUCCCCUCGGUUGGAACAUACCUUAUGAGUUCAAUUCGGCGGAUUGGUUGGCAUCUUGCAUGUUUGUUCAGAAUCACUUAGAUGGGUUGGAACAAGGCGAAUAUGUUAGUUGGACAACAAUACGGUAUAUGGUAUCAGCGGUGCAAUACGGCGGUCGCGUGACUGACGACUACGACAAUCGUCUCCUUGUUACAUUCUGCCGCGUUUGGUUCACCGACCAACUCUUCACUGAAGAUUUCCAGUUCUACAAGGGCUAUGGAAUCAUGAAAUUUAAGAAUAUUCCGGAAUACCUCGAGGAGAUUGACAAAAUGAAGACGGUUGAUCCGCCCCAAGCAUACGGACUGCAUACAAACGCUGAUAUUACUUACCAACGGAACAAGACUCAGGCUCUCCUGGAUACAAUUCUGUCUAUUCAACCCAAAGAAUCAUCUGGCGGUGGCGGGGAAUCUCGAGAAGCAUCAGUGUACAGACAAUCCAAAGAAAUGCUAGAAAAGAUUCCCCCGAAUUUCGAUCCUUUCCAAGUAAAAGAAAGGUUAAGGAUAAUGGGCCAGUAUAAUUCAAUGGUCAUUUUCCUUCGACAAGAAAUCGACCGAAUGCAAAAAGUUAUUGGUUUGGUGCGAACUACUUUAAAAGAUUUACUUCUGGCUAUUGACGGCACUAUUAUUAUGAAUGAGGCGCUGCGCAAUUCCCUAGACAGCAUUUACGACGCAAAAGUGCCAGCGAUCUGGACGAAAGGUUCAUGGUCGUCGUCCACUCUCGGUUUCUGGUUUACGGAGUUUUUGGAGCGCAACAUACAGUUCUCAACUUGGUGCUUCGUAGCAAGGCCGAACUCUUUUUGGAUGACUGGAUUCUUCAAUCCGCAAGGCUUUCUUACGGCGAUGAGACAAGAAGUAACUAGAGCCCACAAGGGUUGGGCUUUGGACAUGGUCGCUCUGCAUAACGAUGUCACCAAGUUUAUUUUAGAAGAUGUGAAAGCGCCUCCACCUGAAGGCGUGUAUGUCCACGGCCUGUUCCUAGACGGAGCGAGCUGGGACCGACGGAACUUCCGUCUUUGUGAAUCUACGCUCAAAGUUCUCUACACAUCCCUGCCAGUGAUACAUGUAUAUGCGAUUAAUUCUACUGCCCCAAAGGACCCCAAAUUAUAUACGUGUCCCGUAUAUAAGAAGCCAGUACGAACCGGAUUGACAUUUAUCACGCCUCUAUGGAUGCCGACGAUCAAAAACCCCGACCACUGGGUACUGCGUGGAGUUGCCAUACUGUGUGAUAUUAAAUAAACUACUGAUACGUCUGGUAAAACACAUUGUCCUACUGAAAUACAGUAUUCCUGUCAGCCUCACUUCUCACUAAAGAAACCUUAAAAAUUAAGGAAGACAUGCUGAUUCAUAGCAUUAUUGCUUAUUUUUUCUAAGAGCCCCAUAAAUGUAGGUGGCCUAUCUGUAAGAAAGGUACGUGUACCUAAUGAAAUAAAGAUAUAUUAUGAGAAUUUUACUCUUUUAGAAUGAUAUUUUUAUAAUAUUUUAUGCGGCUCUACAUAAGGUUGUUGAAAGUGUGAUGGAAACUGUUCAUUUUAUAUAUUUUAUACGUUUUGAUAAAUAAUAUAGUCAGAA